AUGCAGAUCCAGCAGUGGGUGAAGGAGGUCAAGGUUCUUGCCGCGACGAACACGGCGGGCGCCGCCGCCGCUGCUACGAGCGAUGCGGCGGCGGCGGCGGCGGCGCAGGCCCGAUACGCCUCCCUCAAAGAACUCCUCGCACGGCGGGAAGAACUCGAAGCACCCCUAGAGGAAGAGGAGGAGGAGAGCAACGCUAGGGGGGGCAAAGGCGGGCGAGGCAGCGGGGGUGCCCGCGGUGGUGCCCGAGGGGGCGGCGGCGGCGGCGGCGGCGGAAGCAGCAGCGGGGGUAGCGAUGCCGGCGACGAGGAGGACGGGAAAGUGGUGCACGGCAUGGGGGGCGUAUACGCGGAGGCGUCGGCGUUGCUGGAGUCGGUGGCGGAGGAGUCAGACAGGGCGGAGGGUGCGGUGGACGAAUGGUUUGACGAGCAUCCGGAGCCCUACUAUAAGAAAUCGGACGGAGGUGCCCGCCUCGGCUACUGGAAGACCUCCGUCGGCACGCUGGAGGCCGAGGUCGGGCAGCUGGAGAAGCUCGUCGCGACCGCACGCUCCGCGCGCGCGGGGCCGCCGGCGGCGGUAGCGGCGGCGGAGGACGCCCUAGCGGCCGCCCGUUGGGUCUUGAAGGCGGUCGUGCUGUUAACGGGAGGGGCUGGCGGUGGUGCCCCCGGUGGUGGAGCCAGCGGGGCGGGGGCGGCGGGGUUGCCGGCGUUUUCGGAGGUGUCUGCACUGCUGGACAACGCGGGAGAGGCGAUGGCGACGAGUGCGGACCGGCGGGGGAGGGCGAACACCGCCUGGCAGCACGUGAACGACAUUCGGUAA